AUGAUGCAAACACAAAUGUUACGUCGUAUGCUCGACGAUUUUCCCUGCAUGUCUCCGAGUGACGCCAGAUUUCAGCGUUUCCAUGGUUUCAUCACGAUAAGUGAGAGGGAGUUUCGCGUUUCAAUCUCCUCGGAUUGCACCUAUUUGUCAACCGACAAGUCUCUCAAGUCUAUUAUCUCGCCAUGCUUCCAGAAAGUCCGCGAACGUCUCAAGUUGGCUUUGAAUGCCCACGAGUUUCUACUCGAACUUCGUGACAUAGCUGAGCAUCAAAUCGAUGCAACAAGAACAGACAAGCAAUCUGUCGAAUUUGGACUGCCGCCGGCGCAGUUUUACGAGCAGCUUCUCACAGACAUAUCCCACAUGGGUUGGUCCUGUGUAGCUUCUAUGAGCGAGACUAUGCGCGCAUUGGAUCUAAUCACACGAGAUGCCGCCGGUCGAACGCACAGUCUAAAUGUCUCUCUGCCCGCUGACUACCCGAAAAAUCCCCCUAAAUGCGUGACAAACAUGCCCGUCGAGUUUGAAAUCCAAUGGGGGCGCGAUUCUACAUUGAUUUCUGUGCUUCGCCAAUUUGAAAAGCUUGUGGCGCAGUACCAAGACUUCUUCCGGACGAUGGAGGACUUGGACAAACACGCAUGGGUCCUUGAACCAGAAUAUCCGACUACCCGAGAGGUUUAUAGACGUGUUGCGCUUGGAAAAACUUGCUCCAUGCGUGUGGAGAUCGACCAUCGAGCGCCAUUGAAGAGCUUCCCUGAAAUUCGAUUUCUGGGGUCGGAGGCCGCCAUUGAGCCAUUCAAACAACGUUUAAACCAAAAUAUUCAACACUGGGAUAUGACGGGACAAUCGCUCGUGCGCCAGAAUUUGGAACGAGUUUUGGAAAUAACGUUGCCUCUACCAGUUGAUAAGAAUGCGGAAGAUGGCGAAGACAGCAUGCUUGAAUGCGGAAUAUGUUAUGCAUAUCGACUAGAGGAAUCGACACCAGACGUGACGUGCGACUUGGCGGAAUGCUCGAAACCAUAUCACAGAGGAUGUCUCGUAGAAUGGUUGCGGGCGUUACCUGGGACUAGGGAGAGCUUUGGGAUGAUUACAGGGAACUGUGUGUAUUGUGAAGAAAGCAUUUCCGUCGCUGUUUCAGCAGAUUGA